GACGUGUAUGAGGGUGAAUAUCACAAGGGGAAAUGCUUAGGGAGUGGAGUAUAGUUAGAGAUAUGAGGGGGACUGGGUUGAUUGAAAAUAUGAUGGGUACUGGUGUGUUUAUUUUUUAGAAUCAUUGUUUGUAUAAAUUUAUAAAUCUUGAUUUAUCAAUGCUCAAUUCAAUUAUGUGCAGAAUCAUUCUUUGCACAUAAUUCUUUAAUAUAGGCUAGCAAAUACUUAUUGGAGGCAGUGGAAAAAGUAUGCAAUUGCUGAAUUUAAAAAAAAAAAAUACAAGUUGUUAUAAAUUUUAUUAAAAAAUUUAUAUUUAUAAAAAAAACCCGUAUAUUUUUCAUAUUUAUAUGUUUUUCCAUGAUUCAGUUUCCUUUAUUUUUGAGAAAAUACAUUUCAGCAUUUCCGUUUCUGUUUUCGUGUUUCCGUUUCUGUUCUACAUGGUUUUGAAGCUUUAUGUGCCCAUUGCUAUGAAAGAAUCAAUUUAGUCAUCUAUAUUGAUGGUCAAGUCCAUCAAAAUUACUUCUGACACCUGCAACAAUGAUUUUUCAUGGGGAAGGAGUCCUAAAACGAUAAGAACUUUGCUUAAGUUUGAGGAGGAACUUCUCUUAAGCAGGCCUGGUGUGUCAUUUCAAAAUUUUUUUAGUUGUUGCAUUAGGAAGAGAAAAGGUGCCAAUGACAGAACAGUUGCUAGAAGAGCCUCAGUUUUGUAUCCGCAAAUGGUACUUCAGUAGGGAAGAAAUUGAAGAUCUUUCACCAUCUAGGAAGGAUGGAAUCAGUCUUGAGAAAGAAUCAGAAUUACGGAAGCUGUAUUGUUCAUUUCUUCAAGAGCUUGGCAUGAAACUUAAAGUGCCUCAGGUGACAAUAGCAUGCGCAAUGAUGUUAUGCCACCGGUUUUUUAUGCGCCAAUCACAUGCAAAGAAUGAUUGGCAGACAAUUGCAGCUGUCUCAACUUUCCUUGGUUGUAAAAUAGAAGAAACCCGAUGCACUUUGGGGGAUGUGGUGGUCAUGUCUUACGAAAUAAUGUAUAAAUGGGACCUUUCUGCCCCACAGAGAAUUAGACAGAAUAGAGAAAUUUACACUAAGCAGAAGGAAUUGAUCUUAAGAGGAGAGAGGCUUUUAUUGGCAACAAUUGCUUAUGACUUUGAUAUUCAACUUCCCUACAAGCCACUUGUAACAGCAUUAAAGAGAUUGAAGCUUUUCCCUGACCUUGCAAAAGUUGCUUGGAAUUUUGUGAAUGAUUGGCUUUGCACAACAUUGUGUUUGCGGUACAAACCCCACUAUAUUGCUGCUGGUUCCAUGUUUCUUGCUGCCAAAUUUCAAAAAGUGAAACUUCCUGCACAGAAGGGAAAGUGCUGGUGGCUGGAGUUUGAUAUUUCACCCAAGCAAUUAGAAGAGGUCAUCCGGCAGAUGCUCAAGUUGUUAGAGCAGGACAGAAAACAGACACUACCGCCUACACAUGAAAGUUUCACUAAGUCUACAGCCGUAGCUGGAAAGAUGAACAGUAGUCCACAAUCCUGUAUCUCAGACGGAUGCUUUGCCAUAAGGCAAUCUAGCAAAGUAGCCAUGUCCGAGAAUGAUGAGCGCAGCAAACCUCCAGCCUGUGGUAGAAAAGACAUUUGUGUAAAAGAAGUUUUACCAUCUCAAACAAGUGAUAGUGCUUCAAGUAGCAUUGUCGAGGACGGGGAAGGUGAUAGUCAUCCUAGACAUGUGGAAUCUGAUCAUGACCCUGGCUGCAAAAUUAUUUCUGUUCACGACACCUAUCGUAAGAUUGAUGCUAUCCGAAUUAGAGAAGCAUUGAAGAGGAGAAAAUUUGAUGUAGCUGCAAACAGAAAGUUUGCGGCAUCUAUUAACCCUGAGAUAGAUGAUGGCGAAGCCUGGAUAGAGAGAGAGCUGGAAAAGGGAAUAGAGUUGGAAUCUGGCUCUUCCAAAAGGAAAAUGGGGCAAGUCUUGUGAAUUUCUAAUACAUUGACCUCUGUCUGGGAAGUAUAGUUUUCAUUGAAAUUUUAAGAAUUUGAAUUUUUAAAUACUAGUUCAUUAUAGUGAUGAUGUUUGUACAGUUUCCUAGUAUAAUGUCAUUGACAAAAUUAUGUAGGCAGCAUCUGCGAUUUUUGUGUAAUAGUUUAGCUUCAAAUGUAGGACAAAGUUUUGUGUUGGUCAUUCCAAUGAUUUAUUGAAAAUGGAAUUAUUUCUCCUUUA